AUGUCGAUGGCAACUUUCAGUGGAAAACGGUACUUCGUGACAUUCAUUGAUGACAAGUCAAGAUACUGUGUCGUCUAUCUGCUCAAGAGCAAAUCUGAAGUUGCGGCGAAGUUCAUGGAAUACGCUGCGAUGGCCGAAACGCAAACCGGAAAGCGCGUGAAGUACCUUCAAAGCGACAAUGGGGGUGAAUACAAGUCCGACAAGCUGGCACGAUUCUGCGCGGAACGGGGAAUACAACAAAGGUUCACACCCCCAUAUACUCCUCAGCUAAACGGAGUAGCUGAGAGAAUGAAUCGCACGCUGGUCGAGUGUGCGCGUUGCAUGAUGGAACACGCUGGACUGGGAAAGAGCUACUGGGGUGAAGCAGUGAUGACGGCGAUGUUUCUUCGAAACCGCUGUCCAACACGUGCCAUUCACCAAGACAAGUCUCCAUAUCAAGUGUGGACGAUGAAGAAACCGAUUCUGGCCAACCUUAAAGUGUUUGGAUGCCACGCGUAUGUUCAAGUGCCUCAAGACAAACGCGCGAAGUUCGACUCCAAGUCAUCACUCUGUCGUUUCCUGGGAUACGCCGAACACCAGAAGUCAUAUCGAUUUGAGGAAGUGUCAACAGGAGCGAUCAAGAUCAGUCGCGAUGCCACAUUCAUGGAAGACAAGUUUGAUGAAGGUCCGCGCAACUACAACGAUGAGUCAAGUGUCGUUGAGUUUGAUGAUCAUGAUGAGGACGAAGAAAAAAAGAAGAAGAGCAACAUCAAGAGACACACGCGCACUCAAUCACUUGAGAAAGCUACCGUCAUUCCAAGUCCCAAGCGAAGAACAUACAGAGGUCCGUCGCUUGAGCAUGUGUCAGCGGCUGCAAUGGAUUUUGAAGCAGCCUACAUCGUUGAUUCAGCGGGGGAAAUGCCGACUACGUUCAAGUCGGCUAUGGAAUCAAGCGACUCCGGCAAGUGGAAAGAAGCGUGUGACUCGGAGUUCGAUUCGCUUCAGAGAAACGACACGUGGGAAAUCGUGCCUCUUCCGAAAGGUCGCAAGGCCAUCGGGUGCCGAUGGGUUUUUCGUGUAAAGGAGAAUCAAGAUGGCGAAGUUGAACGUUUCAAGGCAAGACUUGUGGCCAAAGGAUUCUCACAGAAAUUCGGAGUUGACUAUGAAGAAACUUUCGCACCGGUGGCCAAGUUCACAUCGAUUCGUGUGGUGCUCAGUAUGGCGGCUAAGUACGGCCUAAUGCUACAUCAGAUGGACGUCAAGACAGCGUUUCUUAACGGCUCCCUCAACGAAGACAUCUACAUGGACCAGCCGGACGGAUACCUGGAUGCAACACAGCCGGACUAUGUGUGCAAGCUAAAGAGAUCACUCUACGGCUUGAAGCAAUCGCCUCGCAUGUGGAACCAAACAAUCGAUGGGUUCAUGAUCAAGAUGGGAUUCAAGAAGUGCGAAUCGGACCACUGCAUCUACAUCAAGCGAGACGACCAAGACAUGAUUCUCGUGGUGCUCUACGUCGAUGAUCUCAUCCUGGCCAGCAGCAACAACGAACUCCUCAAGUCAACCAAGAUGGCGCUGAGCAAACGCUUCGAAAUGACGGAUCUCGGUGAGCUCGAUUACUUUCUCGGCAUGGAGAUCAAGAACGACCGUAAGACGGGAAUGGUGACUGUACAACAAACCAAGUUCCUCAAGUCCGUGUUAACCAAGUUCGGAAUGGAUAACAGCAAGCCAGUGAAGACGCCUCAAGAUCCCGGCCUGAAGCUAACCAAGAACAUGUGUGAACAAGAAUGCAAGCACGAAGACACCAUGUGCAACGUGCCAUAUCGAAGUGCUGUCGGAGGCAUCAUGUAUCUCAUGGUCGCCACACGUCCGGAUCUAGCUGCUGCAGUGGGAUCAUUAUCCCAGUUCUCGUCCGACCCAUGCCCGACUCACUGGCAAGCUUUGAAGCGUGUGCUGAGAUACCUGCAAGCAACGCCCAAUCAUGGUCUUGAGUUUACACGUGAAGAAGGAAGCCGUAUCUGCGGGUACACCGACGCAGACUGGGCCGGCGACAUUGAGUCAAGACGAAGUACAAGCGGCUAUGUGUUCAUGAUGAGCGGAGGAUGCAUCAGCUGGAAAAGCCAGAAACAACGGACGGUCGCGCUAUCUUCAACAGAAGCAGAAUACAUGGCGCUUUCCGAAGCAACCAAAGAAGCAGUAUGGCUCAAAGUGCUUUUGGGGAACUUGGUGAGAUGA